CGGAAGAGAGCUAGCGAGCGAACGAGUCACUGCAGCUGCUGCGGCUGCCGCCGCCUCUGCCUCAGUGAGUCGGAGCAGAGGCGUCUGGAGCUCGGCUGCGCUCAGAACUCAGCCCGGGCGCGCCGCCGUGGCAGCCUAGCCCUGCUUGACCGCCACGCUCCGGGCAGGGGAUCCCCGAGCCCUCUUCCACUGCGGCAUAUACCUCUUUCUCUCUCUCUCUCUCGGAUAGUGUUAGAGGAAGAAAGGGGGUGCCCGUAACUCACCGGCUGUGUCCCGGGAAGACGACGAGGAAGAGGAAGCCUCGGCAGCUCUAGCAUCCCUUUCCCUCCCAGCCCGUCUCAGUCCUGGGCUCUGUCGGGCAUGGAGCCUUGGAGACAAUGCGCUCAGUGGCUCAUCCAUUGCAAGGUGCUGCCCGCCAACCACCGGGUGACCUGGGACUCUGCCCAGGUGUUUGACCUGGCUCAGACCCUCCGCGAUGGGGUCCUGCUCUGCCAGCUGCUCAACAACCUGAAGGGUCACUCCAUCAAUCUCAAGGAGAUCAACCUGAGGCCCCAGAUGUCCCAGUUUCUCUGCCUGAAGAACAUAAGGACCUUUCUAGCAGCUUGUUGUGAGACAUUUGGGAUGAGAAAAAGUGAACUCUUCGAGGCCUUUGAUUUGUUUGAUGUUCGGGAUUUUGGAAAGGUCAUAGAAACACUGUCAAGACUUUCUCGUACACCUAUUGCAUUAGCCACAGGAAUUAGACCAUUCCCUACUGAAGAAAGUGUCAACGAUGAAGAAAUCUACAAAAGCCUUCCUGACUUAAUAGAUGAAACCCGUGCAGAUGAUGAAGAAGACUUGUAUGAUUGUGUUUAUGGAGAAGAUGAAGGGGGAGAAGUGUACGAGGACUUGAUGAAGGCUGAAGAAGCUCAGCAGCCGAAGUGUUUGGAAAAUGACAUCCGAAGCUGCUGCCUUGCAGAGAUCAAGCAGACAGAAGAGAAGUAUACAGAAACAUUGGAAUCAAUAGAAAAAUAUUUCAUGACACCACUGAAAAGAUUUCUGACAGCUACAGAGUUUGAUACUGUAUUCAUCAACAUUCCUGAACUGGUGAAAGUUCACCGAAGCCUGACACAAGAGAUUAAUGACUCCAUUGCCAAUAAAAAUGAUCAGAAUUUAUAUCAAAUUUUCAUUAACUACAAGGAAAGAUUAGUUAUUUAUGGGCAGUAUUGCAGCGGAGUAGAGUCAGCCAUCUCUGGUUUAGACUUUAUUUCUAAGACAAAAGAAGAUGUCAAGUUGAAACUCGAGGAAUGUUCUAAGAGGGCAAACAAUGGGAAAUUCACGCUUCGAGAUUUGCUUGUGGUUCCUAUGCAGCGGGUUCUAAAGUAUCAUCUCCUGCUCCAGGAACUGGUGAAACACACAACUGAUCCCCUUGAGAAGGCAAACCUCAAACAGGCCCUUGAUGCAAUGAAGGACUUGGCACAAUAUGUAAAUGAGGUGAAGAGAGACAAUGAGACCCUCCGCGAAAUAAAGCAGUUUCAAUUAUCCAUAGAGAAUCUGAAUCAGCCUGUCUUGGUGUUUGGAAGACCUCAGGGAGAUGGGGAAAUCAGAAUAACAACUUUAGACAAACACACUAAACAAGAAAGGCACAUCUUCUUGUUUGACUUGGCAGUCAUUGUGUGCAAAAGGAAAGGUGAUAACUAUGAGAUGAAGGAAAUAAUAGAUCUUCAGCAGUACAAAAUUGCCAACAACCCUACAACUGACAAAGAAAACAAAAAGUGGUCUUAUGGCUUCUAUCUCAUUCAUACACAAGGACAAAAUGGACUGGAAUUCUAUUGCAAAACAAAAGAUUUGAAGAAAAAAUGGCUUGAACAGUUUGAAAUGGCAUUAUCUAACAUAAGGCCAGACUAUGCAGAUUCAAACUUUCAUGACUUCAAAAUGCACACUUUCACGCGGGUUACAUCCUGUAAAGUCUGCCAGAUGCUUCUGAGAGGAACAUUUUAUCAAGGCUAUUUAUGUUUCAAGUGUGGCGCCAGAGCACACAAAGAAUGUUUAGGAAGAUUAGACAAUUGUGGCAGAGUUAAUUCAGGUGAACAAGGGACGCUCAAACCUGAGAAACCACCCAAUGGACUUCGAAGGCUCCCCAGACAAAUGGAUCCAGGCCUACCGAAGAUGCAGGUCAUUAAGAAUUACACUGGAAAUCCACAACCUCCGCUACAAGAAGGACCUCCCUUGCACAUCCAGCUGGGGGAUACAGUUGAGCUUUUGAGAGGAGAUGCCCAUAGCUUAUUCUGGCAGGGAAGGAACUUAGCAUCAGGGGAGAUUGGCUUCUUUCCUAGUGAAGCAGUUAAGCCUUGUCCAUGUGUGCCCAAACCAGUAGACUAUUCUUGCCAGCCAUGGUAUGCAGGAGCAAUGGAAAGACUGCAAGCAGAGACUGAACUUAUUAAUAGGGUAAAUAGUACUUACCUUGUGCGACACAGGACCAAAGAAUCAGGAGAAUACGCAAUUAGCAUUAAGUACAAUAAUGAAGCAAAACACAUCAAGAUUUUAACAAGAGAUGGCUUUUUCCACAUUGCAGAAAAUAGGAGAUUUAAAAGUUUAAUGGAACUUGUCGAAUACUAUAAGCAUCAUUCUCUUAAAGAAGGCUUCAGGACUUUAGAUACUACUCUUCAAUUCCCAUACAAGGAGCCUGAAAAUUCAGCUGGACAGAGGGGUAAUAGAGCAAGCAGCAACUCCCCUUCUUUGUUCUGUGGGUUUUCUUUUGUAACUCCUCCUCCAGACUACAGCUUUGUCCCCCCUUCUACUCCUUUCUGGUCAGUGUUGAGCCCCAAAGUUCUGGGCAUAGCUAUUGCACGAUAUGACUUUUGCGCAAGAGACAUGAGAGAGCUCUCUUUGUCUAAAGGUGAUGUGGUGAAAAUUUACACAAAAAUGAGUGUAAAUGGCUGGUGGAGAGGAGAAGCAAAUGGAAGGGUGGGCUGGUUUCCAUCAACAUAUGUGGAAGAGGAUGAAUGACUUCAAUCCUAAUUUUGCAGUCUGGAUCAGAAAUUUCAGGGACGAGUGAUGAACAAAAAAACCACAAAGCAUUAUGAACUGAUUGAAGUAUUUGAAAGGCUGCAUUUCUGGCUAAUCAACAUCCUUCCUCCUCCUGUCUUCUCCAGUCUUAAUGUUGGGAUUUCUAAAGAUGCUCAUACUGACAGAUUAAUGGCUUGCCUAGAGUUGGGCAAGAAACAACCUGCCAGUCUGUCAUCAUCUGGGACCAGUGCAAAGCCAAAACCUUCUCUUCUCAGAAGAACUCAGCAAAUAUUUUUCUUUAUGUUUCCUUUCACUUCUUUCAUAGACCACUGUCAAUGCCAGCCAUUAGUAAAUGUUUAAUGCACUUUUACUUCUCCUCCCUUCCUGUCUCAUCACACUCCUCUUCCCUUCCCUAGUCAUUGAAAUCUUUGAUGGUACAAAGAACUAGAGCCUUUUACCUAUCAUAGCACAAAGCAAAAUGAGAGUUCUGUCAUAUAGGCCACUUAUGUGAAAAAUUUAGUCACUUGUCUUAAAAUAUCAGUGAGGCUACUUACCCCUUCACAAAUACUUUUUGUCUUACAGAUCUUCCUGGCAAAAAUACCUGUGAAAACUUCUAAGUUUUCUAUCUACUUUGUGUAGAGUUGAGAUAUUUGAAAUGCUAUCUUUUUACUCCUUGCCUUGGCAAGUGAUUUUUUUUUUUUUUUGAAAACUGAAUUAAAAAAAAAAAAGCAAACCUUAUUACUAAAUCCAGAGAAAUAUUUGUGUUUUUGUAAGGUGGUUGUGGCAACUUUGUACUAAAUUUUUGAGGAAAUUUUGGCUCAGUAUCCUUUUGGUGGCUUCUAGCCAGCUGAUCACAGUGUCUGUGUUUACAUGAGCCAGAUCAAGGGCUAUAUUGAUAAAUGUCACUUCUAGACAAAUACCAUCUACAGGAAAUAUUUCCUCCUCCCCUCUCCUCCCACCCCUUCUCUCUCUCUCUCUCUCUCU